AUAAUAAUUUAAACAGAAAUCUGAGUACAAAAUACGUAUGAAGUAUUUUUAGGUAUUUUUUAAUUUGUUUCUAAGUACUUCUUUAUUUUAAUAUCUUACACAAUUUAAACUGUAUUUUGAUUAUUAUAUUUGGUAAAAGUAUUUUCUUCAAGUAUAAUUGUAAACAAAGGUAGAAUAUUGAUAAAAUAUGAAUAAUCCAGGUUCAUUUGCUGAUGAGUUUUGUAAAGUUAAAGCAUCAGAACAUUAUGAAUCAAUCAAUUCAGUUGGGCAGAACAAUUUAGAGACAAUCUAUCAACCCAGUACAAGUGGUGUUAAACAAUCUCCUGUAAAAGCUGCAUCUUUUACCGGUGUAUUAGUUAAUAAUAGACAAAAAGGGAACCCUUUACUCAAAUCAAUUGUAAAUGUACCAUGGGAAUAUUCAGAUGAUAUUAUACCUGAUUAUGUAAUGGGACGUACAACCUGUGCAUUAUAUUUGUCCCUGCGGUAUCACAUGCUAAAACCUGACUACAUUUAUAAUCGAGUGAAAUCCUUAGGAAAACUGUAUGAAUUACGUGUAUUGUUACUUCAAGUUGAUGUCAAAGAACCACAUACAGCUCUUGCAAAACUAACUAGAAUGUGUUUGGUAGCUGAUCUUACUUUAAUGUUGGCUUGGACUUUUGAAGAGGCAGGCAAGCUUAUUGAAACUUAUAAAAUAUUUGAGAACAAACCACCAGAUCUUAUAAUGGAAAAAAUAGAAGGAGAUGACUAUUCCAGAUUGGUCAAUGCUCUUACAACUAUUCGUGCUGUUAACAAAACUGAUGCAGCUUUGUUGCUGUCUACAUUUGGUUCAUUAGAAAAAAUAUGUGAAGCUUCUCAAACAGCAUUGGCAUUGUGUCCAGGGUUUGCUCAGCAUAAAGCAACACAAUUAUAUAAUACUCUACAUAAACCUUUUUUAAAACAAAAGAAAAAAGAGAAAGACUCUUAAUAUCUUAUUGGCAUUAUUCAAAAAAAAUUUUUUUCAAAUGGGGUCUUUAAAUUAAUUGAU